AUGCAGCUUCUUUGUCUGCUCGCCAGCUGCAUCGCAGCAACCAAUACUGUUUUCGCCUGGGACAUGAACGCCUGGCACGGCACGGAGUGUGGCGCGGCAGGGGGUGCCGAAGGAUACGAGGUUGCCGACUACACUUCCACGGGCUGCUUCAACUUCGACAUGGAGGACGGAUACCGCAUCCACUCGGUCAAAGCCGUCUUCAGUGAUAGCAAAUACAAGAUCACCAUCUACCCCAAAUCCGACUGCGAAGCCGAAACGUUGUGGCCUGGCAUUGAGCUGACCACCGAGACUUGUACGGUCUUCAAAGAAUGGACGACAGAUGAGGUCAUCUAUUCGUACAAAGUCACUGCGGUCUAG